UGACACUGCGAGCGUUGGCCGGCGGUACGACAGACUGUGGUGGGAGUUUGGAGGAGUGAGGCACGCUGCUGCAAACAGUCUGACUCUGAAGGCGAUGAAAUGUAUCAGACUCCACAAUCUGCUGCCGUGUCCUCAAGUGAACUUUGUCACUACAGAUAGAGCCGAGCACUCUGUGGUUUUCAUUUCAAAUCCCCGUGGCUGACAAAAAGGAAACAAGCGACGCAGAGAGACGUUUCCUGUCACACAGCGAGAAGGACAAAGUCGUGCACGAUGUCGGGAUCAGAGUGGACUUGCAGGCUCUCCAGCAUGCAUGAAUGGGAAUCCCCAUAUUAUGAGCCGUCACUUCCUGUUUCGGAGAAGUCCAACCCCCUGACGCGGGACAUCGACCGCGCUUCAUCAGGAUGUAUUGUGAGGAUGCUGCAGGCCUGUGACUCCCAGAUGUUUCUGGAAGAGGCCGGAGCCACCUACCAGAGGCUGAUGAGUGAUGAAGUGGUGGAAACAUUGAUGGAGGUUGCUAAGAAGGUGGAGCUCAUCCUCAAGGAUCCUCGGGACAGCCUUGUUGUGCUGAGCGGCUGUGGGACUUCUGGUCGACUGGCUUUCCUCGUCACGUCAGCUUUCAACAGAGCGCUGAAGGAGCUGAACCAGAGUCCGGUUUAUUCCUACAUCAUUGCAGGAGGAGACAAAGCUCUGUUUUCCUCGCAGGAGGCUCCAGAGGAUGAUCACCUGGGCAUGCCCAGUAUGAAGGAGGUCUGUGAGGGAAAGAAGCGUGUCUUCUUCGUUGGUAUUUCCUGUGGUUUAUCCGCUCCUUUUGUAGCCGGUCAGCUGGAUCUCUGCCUGCAGAACCCUGAGGUCUACACCCCUGUUCUUGUGGGCUUCAAUCCCACACAUCAGGCCAGGGACGAGCCGAUCCCUGGAUGCAGCUUCACUUUCCGCAGCGUGGUGCAAAGGAUGGAGGAGCUCGCUAAAAGUAAAAAGGCCUUCCUCAUCAACCCAGCAGUCGGGCCGGAGGCCAUCAGCGGCUCCUCCAGGAUGAAAGGAGGCAGCGCCACUAAGAUCCUCCUGGAGGUGGUGCUGUCUGCUGCUCACGCUGCAGCCUUCACACACACACCCAUCACUCAGCAGGGAAUCCUGCAGCACAUGAGAGCGUAUGAGAAAACUCUGGAAAUCCCUUGCGCUCACAACGAGGGGAUGGUCGCUCUGUUGGAGGCCGCUGGAAAGAGUUUGCAGCGUGGUAGGCGUGUGUGUUACCUGGGCUGGGGCGCACUUGGCGUACUCGGUCUCAUCGACGCCAGCGAGUGUGUGCCGACGUUCGGAGCAGACUACGAAGAUGUUCGGGGCUUCAUCAGCGGAGGGUACAACGAGCUGAAGAACAACGAGGGGCCACUGGGUCCUGACUUUCGUAUAUCACAUGAGGAUUUUUUGCAUCUCGUCCUGCCGUCUCUCGAUGACCACGACAUGGUUCUUCUCAUCUACACACAGACUGAUGAUGUCGGUGACGUGGAGAAGUUGGCGCGCCGAGUGAGAGAAAAGACGUCCAAUCUCCACGCUGUUUAUCAUCGAGUGGAUGGAGACACUGCAGCUACUGUACAACAAGAUGACAUCAAUAAGCUGUGUUUAUCGUCACUAAGAAUCACUUGGCCAUCACCUGCUUCAGGCUUACUUCAAAUGCAGUGGGAGCUGUGCACUAAGCUGUUCCUGAACGCUCUGAGCACCGGCGCUCACGUCUUAAAGGGGAAAAUCUACCAGAACCACAUGAUGGACCUGCAGGUCACCAACAGCAAACUCUACUGCAGAGCCACUCGUUUACUGCAGAAACUCUCAGGUUGUCCCGAGUCAAAAUGUGAGGAAGCUCUCCUGAAGGCCGUCUACAACGUGGACAAUGUGACCGUGGAAAUCACAUCCUCCGACAUCAGCACACACACACACACUGCCAGAACCAGGACCAAGGUGGUGCCUCUGGCUUUGGUCUGUUUGCUGACUGGUUGCUCUCUGGCGGAGGCGGAGCUUCGUUUGGAGCAACAGCCAAUCGUAAGGGACGCUGUGGAAGCUUGCCUGUCAUAAAUUAAAGGUCACAUGUCAGCAAAAAUAUAUAUAGAGUAAUCAUGACACUUUAGUCAAAGGUCAUCCUUUAUUGGUUCUCCUUCUAAAUGUUAUUAUAAGCUAAAAUCAGUUUUGAUGCUGACCUGCAUCAUGCAAUACCAUUGUAUACCACUAAGGGGCAGCAUUGCCACGCAAACACACAUAACAACCUGCAGAUGUAGCUUCAAUUUAUAUUGAAUUAAGUUCUAUAUAUGUAGGCAGAUGUUAGAAUAUAGUGUGCACAAUCAAAUCUGAAAUAUUAAGAGAUAGAAAUUAAAUUAUAUGCACUUUUUAUGAUUGGCAAGCAGACAAUUAUGUGUUCUCCUGAUGUGUUAUAUGAUAAUCUCUGACAGUAUAUUGCAUUACAUAAUAAACGUGUGUUAAAAGGAGUAUACUUGAUACUGAGGGGAUGUUGUUUUGCAUUAAUGCCUCUUUUGUAAAGAUGUUGAAAUGUAUAGAGAGAGGUAUGACAUUUACAAAAGUCAUAAUCGA